AGGCACACUGAAUAAGUUCACAAGAGCCAGUCACUCUCACCGUCUCACCUGCCUCCUUCUCAUCUUCUUCUUCACCUAAAUUCAUCAAUGGCAGCUGCUACUCCCCUUUACCUGCAAAACAAACCCCACCACCACCAUCAUCAUCAUCUAUCUUCUCUCUUUUCUUCUUCGCUUCCUUUCUCCAUCAAAACAACUCCACUCUCCACCUCUAAACCCUCCUCUCUCAUCAUUUCUUCUAUAUCUAAUCCACUUCUCCCUGGCCGUAAGCUCCGAGCCGCCGUCAUCGGAGGCGGCCCUGCAGGAUCCUCUGCGGCCGAGACUCUCGCUGCCGGCGGCAUCGAGACCUUCCUCUUUGAACGCAGCCCCGCCUCCUCCAAGCCCUGCGGCGGCGCCAUCCCCCUCUGCAUGCUCGAAGAGUUCUCCAUUCCGCCGGAGCUCGUAGACCGGAGAGUCACCCGCAUGAAGAUCAUCUCCCCCUCCAACCUCACCGUCGACUUCGGCAAAACCCUCAAGCCCAACGAGUACAUCGCCAUGCUUCGCCGCGAGGUCCUCGACUCAUUCCUCCGCCGCCGGGCCGAGUCCGCCGGCGCCACCGCAAUCACCGCCCUCGUCACCUCCCUCGACCUCCCCUCCUCCCCGGCAUCACCGUACGUCAUCCACUACAACGCCGGCGGAUCCCGCCACUCCCUGGCCGUCGACGUGGUGAUCGGAGCCGACGGCGCCAACAGCCGUGUCGCGAAAUCCAUCAAGGCCGGCGACUACAGCUGUGCUAUCGCCUUCCAAGAACGAAUCAAACUCCCGGAGGAGAAAAUGGAGUAUUACCAAGACCUAGCGGAGAUGUACGUAGGAAACGACGUGUCGCCGGAUUUCUACGCCUGGGUAUUCCCGAAAUGCGACCAUGUGGCAGUGGGCACGGGCACGGUGUGCUCAAAGCAGAAUAUUAAGUUGUACCAAAGAGGAAUCCGAGAAAGGGUUGAACCCAAGAUCAGCGGAGGAAAAGUGAUCAAAGUAGAGGCCCAUCCCAUACCAGAGCACCCGCGCCCUGUCCGUAUCCGAGGCCGCGUGGCCUUAGUGGGGGACGCGGCAGGGUACGUGACAAAGUGCUCGGGCGAGGGCAUAUAUUUUGCUGCAAAGUCGGGAAAAAUGUGCGCAGAGGCCAUAUUAAAAGCCUCGGAAGGAGGGUUGCGGAUGAUAAGCGAGGAGGAUUUAAGGAGGGAGUAUCUGAAGGAGUGGGAUGGGAAGUACUUGGUAACAUACAGGCUGCUGGAUUUGUUGCAUAGGGUGUUCUACGGGAGCAAUGCGGCGAGGGAGGCGCUGGUGGAGCUGUGUGGGAACGAGUAUGUGCAGAGGAUGACGUUUGAGAGCUAUUUGUACAAGAGGUUGGCUGAGGGGGAUGGGUGGGAGGAUGCUAAGAUGGUUUUCAAUACAUUUGGGAGUUUGAUUAGGUGUAAGAUUGUGGGGAGAGACGUACAGGCUUUGAGGGUGUGAGUUGUGAGGACUUUGCUUGUAUUGGGGAGAUGUGGUCUAAUAUAUGAACUUAGCUUUGUGUUGGAAGGUGUAGCCCAGUAUUUGGAAUCCAAUGAUUUGAGAUUCAUUUGCUGUAGGCUGCCACCAAAGUUGUAUUAUUUUCUUUAUGUAUCAAUUAUCAUCACUAGUUCUGCAAUGCAAUGCAAUGAAUGCAGGAACAACUUCAGAAGCA